UGAUGGGAGGAAUGGUGACUGCGUGAGGUGUUUCGGGGGGGAAAAAAAGUACCAAGAAGGAGAAGAAGACGAAAAAAGUACAUUUUCAAUCCAUGCGUUCGCCCCAGCGGACAAGAACAUUCAUGCGACCCAUCGUCACAGAGCGCUUCAGCGCAGAAGGAGACCAGGCUGUCCGCCGCUCGUAGCCCCCGAGGAUCAGGAUGACAGACGCUGGGAGGCAGGAGUAGCUCCUCAGGUUGCCUGUUGUAGGUACCAGCGCCCAAGGAGGUCGCCCACUGCGCGGUGGGGCUGGAGACGCGGUGAGGGGGACAGACCUGCUCCGCGGGCGGUACUCUCCGGCAGCCAACACGUUGUUCCACGCAGGGUCCGGGGACCAGGGUCCGGACAGCCGUGACCGCUCCGCCAGGUCGCCACUGGGUCGCCUCCAGGACAGCGUGAGGAUGGUGCACUGUGCGGGCUGCGAGCGGCCCAUCCUGGACCGCUUCCUGCUCAACGUGCUGGACCGAGCCUGGCACGUUAAGUGCGUGCAGUGCUGCGACUGCAAGUGCAAUUUGACGGAGAAAUGCUUUUCCCGGGACGGCAAGCUUUAUUGCAAGAAUGACUUUUUCAGACGUUUCGGCACAAAAUGCGCCGGCUGCCUUCAGGGCAUCUCCCCCAGCGACCUCGUCAGAAAAGCUCGGAGCAAGGUGUUCCAUUUAAACUGCUUUACCUGCAUGGUCUGCAACAAGCAGCUAUCCACUGGAGAGGAACUGUAUAUAAUUGACGAGAACAAGUUUGUGUGUAAAGAAGAUUACUUGAACACUAGCGCCAUUAAGGAAGUCAGUUUAAAUUCAGUGUCUUCGUGUACCGAUAGAAGUUUGUCGCCGGACCUCCAAGACCCGAUACAGGACGACACAAAAGAAACGGACAAUUCCACCUCCUCAGACAAGGAGACAAACAAUAACGAGAACGAGGAGCAGAACUCGGGAGCUAAGAGAAGAGGUCCCCGGACCACUAUCAAGGCCAAGCAGCUGGAGACACUGAAGGCUGCCUUCGCCGCCACGCCGAAACCCACCAGGCACAUCCGGGAGCAGCUGGCGCAGGAGACGGGCCUCAACAUGAGAGUCAUUCAGGUGUGGUUCCAGAAUCGACGUUCGAAGGAGAGGCGAAUGAAGCAGCUGAGCGCGUUGGGCGCAAGGAGACAUGCAUUUUUUAGGAGCCCUAGAAGAAUGAGGCCUCUUGGUGCCAGAUUAGAAGACACAGAAAUUAUGGGAUCUGGGCCUUACAAUUAUUAUGGAGAUUACCAAGGGGACUACUAUGGCCCUGGGGCCAACUAUGAUUUCUUCCCUCAUGGCCCCCCGUCCUCCCAGGCCCAGUCCCCCGCUGAGUCCAACUACCUUCCUGGCUCGGGACAGGGGCCCCUAGAAGGGCCCAUCUCAGGCCACCACCCCUCGGACAACCAAAGGUACACGGACAUGAUCUCACACGCCGACACGCCUAGCCCUGAGCCGGGCCUCACGGGACCCCUGCACCCCAUUCCGGGGGAGGUCUUCAGUGGGGGGCCGAGCCCUCCCUUCUCCCUGGCCAGUAACUCCAGCUACAGUGCCCCUCUGUCCCACCCCAGCCAGGAGAUGGGUGAGACAGCAGUGUGGUAGAGGGCCUGAGGCUCAGAUCCGGACUCUAAUUUGGGGUACUGCUGUGGAUCCAUGGACCCACACAUCCUGCCACGCCCGGAACCCACUCCUGGGCCAAGUCAGGGGGAACUCUGGGCAGGGUUGGUUGGCCAGCCAUGCAGUCCUCUCUCUCCCCUCUUCACCCUCCAGGGCUGGGCUGCAGAUACUGUCAGUGUGUUUCAAAGUCACGUCAGCGUUUCCUCAAGACGAUACUGAGUACAGAAAUCAGGGCAAUGCUUCCUCUUUCAUUUGCAAUUCAGGAGUAAUGUACAUUUUCCGUGCCGAUUAUGGUUAACCGGUAUUUGAUUGAGAGCUUCAUGGGCUUAAUACAGGUACCUCCUUCCACAUAGCUGAGUCUGUGCAGAUAACUCAAGUAGAUGUUUACCUGUUCUUUAUUCAGUUCAUUCUCUGAUCUGUUCAAUAGUUAAUUUGAAUGUAAUGGCCCUUAUUAAGUUAAAUCUAGCCGGUACUUAAAAAGCGAAUGAAUGAUAAUUGAAGUCCAAAUGUGUGACUGUUGCAGAGGGGAGGCACAAUGUGAUGCUUUUUGUAAAUCCUUUACAGUGAAGAAAAUUGAACAAAUUCUAUCAUGCCUGUAUCUCAAUACAGGGUGUCUGGUAAUCUCGACCAGUGUAUACUGAUUAAGGUAUUAAGUGUUAUACAUGUUUGAAUAAUAUGAUGAAGAAUAAUGAAGUCAAAGUAUCCAAGUCUCCCAGGUGUAUGCUAUGUUAUGACAGACAUGCUGAAAAUUGAUUAAGAUGGAGCACAGGAGAGCCAGUUACUUAGGCAACAUUAUUUGUUUAACCAGUUAGAGAAACUGACAUCAGUGGCUCAGUGGGUGUGAUCAAUAUUAUUACAACAGCAUCUGAUGGACACACCUCUCUUAAAUAAAGAUUUUUCACUUUUAAUUCUAUUGACAUUACCUGCUGUCAACAGCAAAUUCAGAGAAAUAUUAUUGGCAAGAACUUCAACAUCACAAGCUUGAACUAUUUUACAAUUUAUUUGAGUCUAUUCACAUACACAUUCACACAGGAAACAGAACAGAAUAACAUUUAAUCACCUGUUCUCCAGACAGUGAUUAAAUCCAUAUCUGUUCAGACUUGACUGCAGUUCACGUGCUAAUUCUGUACCCCAAUGUGCUGGAAGUUGUCAUAGGGAACACUGGAAGUCAAAUCCAGUGACUUCUAUGGGAAUAAUGUGAUCUGAUUUCAGUUAUGUAUAAUAACAUUUCUCAUUCUUAAACAAAGAAAUUGACAAGGUGUGAGGUCUGUCCUCCAGAUUUUUGCUGUUUUAUUGAUAAUGCUGUGCUAUUCACAUUGACAUUACAUGCCAAGACAAAUGUCUUUUGUUUUUGAAGUGUUUGAUUUUGUCUGCAUUGCGUUGAUAUUUUGACAUCACACCUUCAAUAUUAAGAAAAACACACUGUACCAAUGCCAAUAUUUUUUCAUCUUCAGUAUCUCAAAGUACUGUUUUGUGUCUCCCUUUUGUGUUACUGAAAAGCCUCAACACAAGACAAAUGCAAGGCUCUUUAUAGUGUCACAUAGAAGAUGACUGAAGAAAAGUACUUUCUUUUAUCAGCCUCUUGAUUUUCCACCCCUCCGUGUUCAUGAAUGCCCCUCCUGCUCCACACCUGAUCCAUACAGAAGCAAGGACAGGAACAAAACUUAUAUUCAUGGCUCUUCCACUUUGAUCAGAGAGUUUGUGCCAACACAGAUUGUCAAAUUAAAUGAUUCCUAGUAGCAAUUCACCAAAAACCCUGAAGAUCAGCUGACAUUCAGCCUUGGAAUCUAAGGACUUAUAUUUUACUGCUUUACUUGUUUUUCUAACAUGCAAGAUAAUUUUAACACAUUAUCUGCCAGCUUGGUUGGUGGAGGAGGCUAUCGUGAUAUUUCUUUCUUACGUUUGAUUUGUACCAGUGUUUUCCUCUUUCCGAUUCCCAUUUAAAAAAAAAUCAGAAAUCCCUUUGAAUUCAAUUGACAGUUAUCCAACAAAUAUAUAUAUAUAAGCUACGUGAAAAGGAUUAUAUUUGUCACAACAAUCCUAACUGUACUGUAGGAUUUGUUUGUCUGAUCUACUGAUGCAUUUGAAAUACUUAGACAAAAAUAAAUAAAAGACAAUAGGUUGCAUAAAAAGUGAAAGAAAGAAAUGACUGACAAGUCCAAAGAGUGUUCUGUUGGAUUGUAGAAAUGUGUUGUUAGUGGGAACAACCUUAGCAAUGGCUCAGUGUUUAAGACACAGAAAAGAUUCCAGAUAGGAAGAAAGCUGGAUCAAUCACACAAUUACAUGUACAGCCUGGUUUGAAAAAUGAAAGAAAAUGUCUGCAGUUGUACUGCACCUGCACACACUCAAAUUACCCUGUGGCACCCCAGCAAAGUCAGGAAUUUUUAGUAAACAUAAUAAACUGAUAACAAAAUCUGUGAGAUGCAUUGUUUUUAUUUGGCUGUUCGCAAUGUACAGCAUGGUGGAAAAGGAAUGUGUUUAGACUCAUGAGCACCUCUCUCACUAGGCAAAUUGUGGCUUUUUAAACAGACAUGCAUAGGACUCUCAUGGUUGAGACUUCAUUUAAUACUGUGAUCUUAUAUUAUGGAUCUUGGUACAACCCCGUUUUGCCUGUAUUUACUGAAGCUAUUGUAUUUUCACUGUUUAAGAAUUAUUGAGGAGUCACAGAAUAACACUGAUAAACGUAAAUUACUCUUUAUAUGCCCAAUGUGCUGUGAUCAAUUAACAAGUUUCUUGGUUCAAACAUCAAUCAUAUACUGUAUGUGGUAUUCUUUGCUACCUCCAAUCAAUGACUCCAAUCUUAGUAAUGGAACUUGGGGUGCAGAUGAUUAUUGGGGUCACUCAAUUCACUAAGUAGAGAAAUGAACUACUCCAGAUAUAAUGUAGAUCUAUGGGUUCAGCAGGGAAGACUAAUCAACACCGGUAGGUGAGGAAUUACAAUAUAACACUCUAGCUGUAUUCUGGACAUAAACUGUUGACUUGUCACUAUUUUUGAAGUACAUGAUGCAGUAAUGGAUUCUCUGUUCCUUCUUAGGAAGGUCAUUAUUCUUGUACAAUAAUGACCAGGCCAUUUGUCCCAAGUGCUCCUUCACCACAACCCCUGCUGCUCCAGGGGCAUGAAGGGGUAAAAUAUCUUUCUAUUUCUGGUCCUGAUCACUCACCAAAUACCAAAUAAAAGUCAUAGAAUCCAUAAGUAUUAUUUAAGGUUUUAUUUUACCCGAUAGUCAGAUCAUCUUAUUACCAGUUUUCUAUUAAAGCAGAGAUUUCAGAAUUUUAGAUUGACCAACAUUUGAGCUUUAGGAAAGCUUUAAUUUUUCCUUGAAUAAGGUUUUUAAAUCACUUGUUUCAGAAGAAGAAGCAAAUUUAUUUUUAAACUGUCAUCUGUUCUUGAUUUGCUUUCAUGAAGUUACUAAGGAGGGAAUAUAAAAAAAAACUCUUCAAUGUUGAAGAAUUAAGUAAGAAUUAUGUUAAGAAUUAGUACUAAUGCUAGCAUUAAUGGAAGAUUGCUUUUCUUAUUAGAUUACUUAUUCAUGAAUGACCAUGUUAUAUUCCUGUAUUACUUUUCCCAUGAUUUAUUUCCAGAAGAUCAAGCAAUACAUUUUGGGCGUCUAUAUGAUAAUGCUGAGCAUUAACUUUAAUUGUUAUUCUUGUUUUACGUGGUACAUAAUAUGUGUGAGCCAACCUUGGUCCUAAAGAGCCACAGUCCAGCAGGUCUCAUAGGUCACCCUGAAGACAUCAAUUUCUAAAGAUUGGAACACAUGUGAGUUUUGAUUAUUUAUCAAUUACCAGGUUAAUUGGUUCAAUUCAAUUAGCAAUGGCAAACUGUGAGCUGGAUAUUUGUAUUUCACAUCAAAUGAUCCCUAAACAAUUUAAUUGAAGAAAUCACAUGGAUCUGUUCACAAAAUGAAAUCAUUCUAUAGAAAUAGAUGAUUUUUCAGUUUUAUAAAACUAGAUGAUUCACCCAUAACAUAUGCUGGACUGUGUCUCUUGAGGAUUAGAUUUGGUCACCCCUGGUAUAUUGUGUUAAAACAUUUUUUUAAAUCCUCUUUUUCAUCCAUAAUAAAAUAAGGGAGGUUACAGACAAGAGGAGACCGUUCACCCCAUCUUACCCUUCUUCAUAGUUCACUGAUCCAAGGAACUGCAGCCAGUUCUUGAACAAAGCCAGGGUGUUUGUUCAGUGGGUUCCACACUGCCUAUACUUCCAGAACCUGCAGAAAAUAUGUAGGUGUACACUCUGUGGAAAAUGUAAACCAAGCUGUUAAAACAAACAUGGCUUUAAUAAUGAAAUUGCUGAACACUGUAUCUUCAGGCAUGAGAUGACUUGAGACAGAUCAAAGUAUUUUCCCCAACACUUUAUGUGUGGCUGUAUUUUGUCCCCAACUGGUGGCGAGUGUCCUCUUUGAGAAGGACUUGAGGGUGAAAUAGGACCUUUGCGGUUUUAGGUCAGGUUCACAGAAUGUGUUGUAGCUGCAGGGAGUGAGCAGGGCGAGUCUUUUAAAAAAAGUAUUUUCCGUAGACAGGAUCGUGUCCCCAGUGUCCGUUCUCCGGAUGCUACAGGAGGUUCUAAAAUACUUGCUUCAUUUCGUUUUGUACCUAUUGACCUCCAUUUUCACUGCUUUUGCUUUAAAGAAAAACAUAAGGAGAGAACAUUGAAUCCAUUAUUGACGAUUCCCUACAACAGCUGAGGCCUUCUUGGUGAAUGGUGUGUUUUUUUCCACCCCAACCCAGAAAAUCUAUGAAAAAAAAACAAUAAACAGCAACAUAUGUGACUCAGCCAUGCAGCUGAGUGCUGAGAAAAGGCUCCACUUUGCCAUCUGUUGGAGAAGCUGUGUAAAGUCAGAAGGUUAAACAAGAGUAGUCUCUGAUGCAUGGCUGAACAUAACUGCUUACUGAAAAUAAGGAAUAAAUAACUCAUUUUCAGUUGGGUGUUUUUAAGAAAGGUUCUGUUUAGUGAGAACAAAAGUGCAUGUAAGUAUACAACUUGUGUUGUUAGCACAUCAUCUGAUUUGGAAUACUUUGUUUAUAAUAUAAAAUAGUCACCAGAGAAUGUGAAUUCAAUUCAUCCAAAGUUAAUUAAUAAGAAGAUCACAUUUGAAUAAAACUUCAAACAGGAUCAGUCUAAUUCUGUUGUGCUCUCGAAAUCCAUCUCCAGGACAUUUCGGGUGUGCUACUAAUACACAAAGCAAGAGAGGGGUAGACAUGGAUUUUCUCAUCUUUCUCAUGUGAAUGUGUGAAAACAUCAGUAGAUCGCUUUCUUUUCUUUUUUUUGACCGGAUUCACCAUUGUUCUCAUGUCUGCAAACAAGAAUAUCCUGAAUUUUUGUCUCAUCACAAAUUUUGUAAACUAUGUCCUUCAGAGAGUUUGUAUGUACAUAUAUAUAUAAUCUAUAUUUUUCCUAAUUGCUGGAAAUCGAUUGCUCCUGGAUUGCGUACUCCGUAUGGAAGCCAGACGAGAUGUAUGCCUUUUGUUGGGAGCUCUUAUGUAUCGUGUGAAGCCUGAGUGGGCUGGAGUGAGAUGUCGGGGGUGGGGGCAGGGAUCCGUCUGCCAGUGCAGGCAGAUGAAUACAUGUUGCUGUUUCUGUUGUUUCAAUGUGAAUAACAAUAAUAAAAAAAUGUUUUA